CCCUGGUUUACAGCCGGUCGGUGCAACGUCUUUGGCUAGAAGAGCAACAUUCGCCACAAAUUCGCCUUCAAAACAUCGUCGUAGGCGCCCGUGUCUGAGACGUUGUGCUUGUUUUGCUUUUCAUUCCUCCAGCGAUCCCUUCUUUUCCCUUCCAUUCCACCAUUCUUCCCUUUCUCGCUUUCGCUCCCCCCCUUGCGUCUGCAUUCGAAGGGGCUCAAGUUGGGGCGGAGCCAGCUAGAAAAAAACAUAAUUGUGAGCCGAUUGUGCUGGAUUCUGCGCAGGCGCCAAAGCUGGGGAGAACCCAGAUGUCCAAGGGCUGAAGGGUCAUCGGCAAGGGCUUUCUAGGAGUCAGUUCGUCGACAAUCUGCAGAAGUGAUGGAACAGGCAGUGGAUUCCGGCGCAUCAGUUCUAUCUGACGCCCUGGCUGGGAGCUUUCUCAUCGGCGCACUGAGAGUCUUCUGGUUGCUGUCAACUACUCUUGUGGUCCUGGGUGUUCUCCCAUUUGGUUUCUACCAGCGCUUCCUCCGGAAGAGUGCGGGACGGGGGAAGCUUCGGGUUGUUGAGAAAGUCGAUCCUGGUGCGAAGAAGGGGCCCCUGGCCCGCUUGUGGGACGUCACGGUCCCCCAGGACUACUUCUCCCAUUUCUACCUGGUUGGCUUCAUGAGCACCCUCGGCCUCAUUCACCACACGUUCUAUCCCGAGAACUUCAGGUUCUGGCCCUCACCGUCAGACACACCCCAGCCCAAGAAACCACACCCGUUCGCUGAGGGUUUCGAACAUGCGGAGUCCAUCUUCUUGCUGGCCCUCAUGCUAGUUCACACUGCUCGGCGGCUGUGCGAAAGCACGAUGCUGGAGAAGCACGCCCCGGGGUCCAGGAUGCACAUUGCGAGUUACGUGUACGGCCUCUGUUACUACGUGGCGGCACCUUUGACCCUCUAUGUCCACCGCUCCAAGAAGGUGAAGACGGUCUGGGGCCUCUUCUCCUGGCACGAAGUGCUGGGAGGCCUCCUCUUUAUCUUUGCCAACAUCAAGCAACAUCAACUGGGGCAAAUUUUGGCUGGGCUACGACAUCGGUCAGGCCCCUUCGACAAGAUCCCGGUCUAUAGAAUCCCUCGGGGGGACUGGUUCGAAUGGGUCGCCUGUCCGCACUACCUGGCAGAAAUUCUUCUAUACCUAGGUUUGGUCGUCGUGAGUGAAGGAAAGGAUCUCACUAUUUGGCUCAUGUUCUCCUGGGUGGUCGCCAACUUGACAUAUGCUGCACAGCUAGCAAGACGAUGGUACGUUACAAAGUUCGAGGAUUAUCCUAAAGAAAGAAAAGCAAUUGUUCCUUUGCUGUUCUAGGUACGACAGUGUCACAUUUAUGCAGAACUUGCUGUCCAUUUUAAGUAAGCGAGCGAUUGGCGCUUGUCCUUGCUGCGUUGCAAAGUCAGACCUCUUCGGAGCGCGGCAUGCUUUUGUCUAAGAGUUCCCAAUCCUGAAAGAACUGGUGUUGGAGAUACAUGCGAUUAUGCGGGUGUACGCCCACUUCUUAAUCGAAUUACUCUCAUCCAGAUUAUAAGCCACU